UAAAGAAACUGUGCCAGAAGUACAACUACGCGUCGGUAUAUAGAUAGGUGCGAGGGACAGCCGCUAUAAAGGCAAGUGUGGCCUGUGUUAGGAGAGGUGCAGGGAUGUUAGUUCUUCCGGAUGGGAGGAUUGCUUUACGUGUCUCGUCGCACUUUUGGGGCCCAUAAGGUGAUCAUUAGUUGCAAGCAAUGAAAUAAAAGUACCUGUUUAGCAGGUGGAAUAUCUUGGGGCCAGAACUUCUGAAACCGAAUACAACAAGGAUCCAAUUUAAGGUCAUGGUGGAAUAUAACUGCAUCACCUUCCACCAAUCAGAAUCCAGCGACUGGUUUAUUAAAGGGAAUCAGCUUGGCCGAGUGGUUCUGCUGCCCAAAGAUUUAGCACCACCACUGGCUUUAGAACCCAGAUUGAGCACCACUGGUUAUUAAUGCAAUAUUUUUCAUCCACAUUUGAUUGGAUUGUGGGUGGAUCUUAAUUGAGAUCAGUGCACUGAGACUUUUGAUUAAUCGCAAAACUUUGUGACGGAUGUGGUUUCAAUCUAUUUCAGCCCCGUAAAGUUUGCUGAAUGCUAGAAAUAUGGGGCGAUUGGAUGAGAAUGCGAAGCACAGGAUUGUGAUCUUGAGGAAAGCCGGGUUAAGCUUUCGUAAAAUAAAGAAAGUUCUGGAGUUGGAUAAUAUUAAGGUGACACCACAAGCCAUCUAUCUCUUCCUUAAAAGAAAGAACAUUGAACCUGAAAAGUCAUCCUCUGCCAACCAGACCCAAAGCAUUCCCCCAAGAGCACAGCCAUGGGCAGACCGCCAGCCUUGGACUCCCUAUCAGGAGACUGGGCAGAAGCCAGCCAGUACAGAGACUAAACUUGAUGCUGGACACAGGGUACCGCAAGUGGUCAGCCAGGAAGAAGGUAUCAAGAUAGUGAGUGUGACCUCUCUAUCCAAAGGUAACCAUGCCUUUCAGGCAUCUUCCAGCAACCAGAGACUGAUAUCCCAAGGACAGGCUCCAGCAGAAACGUUUAAUGGGCCACGACCAGCGCAGUGCCUGCCGGUGGCUCCCCCACAGCUUCACGGAAGAGCAAGAACUCCCGUCCCUGCUCCUAGGAAUCCGGCUUUGCUGGUAACCAAGAAGAUAGUGGAUCGAGCUAUCCACCUUCAGAAAAAGCAGGUUACUGUUCAGAAUGGAGCCCAAAUGGUUGCUAAUGGAACACAUUACCCAGUCAGAACCUACGCUGACAGUCAUCCUCCCAGUAUAAGAACAGUCUCUGUACCUUCCAAGCAGGUGAAAGAUGCCAGCAUACAGACAGCAUUGUCCUUUCCGCCACCAAGGCCAACCAUGAGUGCAGAGCAACUGGACACAGUAAGAGGGGACAUUCACAGGCUGACACAGACCAUACAGACCCUAAUGGACCGGCAGAGUCGCUGGGAACAAGAACAACACAGGCAGCAACAGAACAACCACCAGGAGUUGCUGCAGCAGAUUCAGCAGUUGGGAGCUACCUUAACAGCCAAGGCUACUGAAAACUGUCGCACUUAUGGUGCCGGGGAGCAAAUGGAGGCAACACUCCCUGAUUUGGGCGCAUUUAAGAUGGAACUUUUGUAAAGUGAACUGACUGUGUGGACUGUUGUAGGUUUCGAGCCUUGAUUUUGGCAGCACGUGGCUGAACUGGACUAUAUGAUCAGUGGAACAGAUCAGAUUGUAUGCAGUUUCUAAUAAUUGUAUUUACAAGUUUGUUUUUUAAAAAAGAAAUAUAUAUAUCUAUGAUAUGA